AAACGAAAAGUUGGGCUGACGGAGGCCCAGACGAUUUAAACUACCACUACUCCAUCGUUUCUCCAUUUCAAGCUUUGUUUCCCAAUCACACACCGACCUGGGAACUCCCGACUCACUGCAAACUCACCGAUCAAAACUUUUCCAAAAGAAAAGCUGAAAGAUGGGAAGUCUAGGGAAAGCCAUAUACGCCGUCGGAUUUUGGAUUCGCGAGACUGGCCAAGCCCUCGAUCGCCUCGGGUGUCGCCUCCAAGGCAACUACUUAUUUCAAGAGCAACUUUCUAGGCAUCGGGCUCUGAUGAACAUAUUUGAUAAAGAACCUGUGGUUGACAAGGAUGCAUUUGUGGCCCCCAGCGCCUCUGUCAUUGGUGAUGUUCGGGUGGGAAGAGGAUCAUCUAUUUGGUAUGGAUGUGUUUUAAGGGGGGAUGUCAACAGCAUUAGUGUUGGAUCUGGAACUAAUAUACAAGACAACUCCCUUGUGCAUGUGGCAAAGUCUAAUCUAAGUGGAAAAGUGCUACCAACCAUAAUUGGGGACAAUGUUACUGUUGGUCAUAGUGCUGUUUUACAUGGCUGUACUGUUGAGGAUGAGGCAUUUGUCGGCAUGGGAGCAACACUUCUUGAUGGUGUAGUUGUGGAGAAACAUGGUAUGGUUGCUGCUGGAGCCCUUGUCAGACAAAAUACAAGGAUCCCUACUGGGGAGGUGUGGGGAGGCAAUCCUGCAAAGUUCCUGAGGAAGCUAACUGAUGAAGAGAGAUCAUUUAUUUCUCAAUCAGCCACCAAUUAUACCAACCUUGCACAGGUACAUGCAGCUGAGAAUGCAAAGCCCUUCGACGAAAUUGAAUUUGAGAAAGUUCUCCGCAAGAAGUUUGCUCGUAGGGAUGAAGAGAAUGACUCAAUGCUGGGCGUGGUACGUGAAACUCCCCCACAACUAAUUCUUCCAGAUAAUGUCCUACCAGAUAAAGAACGGAAGUCUUCUCAAAAAUAAAACUUUUUCACAAGUUUUUUCUUGUUUGCUUCAUUCAAGCCUUGAGAUUUGGAAUCAAGGAAUAUUUGUUGUUUAGUGAAAUUACAUGGCAGAGGGAUGAUUUUCUUUCCCAAUAAUUCGGAACAUGAUUUUCUUCCCCUUUUAGCUUUAAGCUCUACUCUUUGUAGGUUACUCUGAGACUCGUUUCAUAACCGGAGGAAUCUAUUUUAAUGUCUAAUGCUCCUUGUACCUAAGAUGCUUAAUUUUC